AUGGCAGCAGCGCGCGUGCCAUCGCGAGGCGCUGACGACGCAGAGAAGAGCGAAGUCGGCAGCAUGUUGCAGCUCGUGCGUGGCCACGAGCGCAAGCACGAGGACCCCACGCACGACUCGCGCUCGCCCGCUGCGAUCCACCAGUGCAAGACGAUGCUGACCAAGCUGCGGAAAGUGCUGCUGAAGAUCGUGCAGCGGGUGGCAGCGCUGCCGACGGCGAGCGCCGUGGCGGUGCUGCAGGACGUGUGUGCGCUGCUGCUGCUCCUGCUGAACGGCCGCGUCUGUCCGCACUCGAUGACGCUGUUCACCAAGAGCAGCAACGCAGCGGCGUCAUCGGCCGUGCCACGCACGCCAGCGAUGUCGUCGGGCGUCCCGUCGUACCCGACAAUGGCUACAUUGCUGCUGCACAUGGUGUCGUUCUACACGAGCGAGCGACUGCGACCGGCACAGCGCGACGUGCGUCGCGUGACGCUGCGGAUGGUGCGGUUCCUGCAGCAGCACGACGUGUACGCGUUCGUGCACUUCUUUCAAGAUACUGUGCAGUUGGCGGAGGACUGUUUCUUGCUCGAAGAGUCGCUCGCAGCUCGACACGGGGCAGAAGGUCUGCCAAGUGGAGCGAGGAUUGCGUACUAUCUCGAUACAGCGAUGCAUGUGUACCAAGACGCAGACGGUCCACUAGGUACGAACGGCAAGCUCAUACUGUGCGGGUGCUUGCCGAUCGUAGACGUGAAUGAGCUGCAUGAGCGCAGGGAGCAAUUGAAGCAACUGCUGCCGUCGAUAUACGUUGGCACGUAUGGAAUGGUUGUUGUGCUCCGGCGCUCUGUGGUUGUGCUCGUGAAUCAUAUCAUUUGUCAACAUAGCGCGUUGCUGGAGCGAGACGUCUAUUUUGACCGACUGUGCCUGCUCGUGGAGCUUUUCGUCGUGAAGAAUGAAGCACUUAUAAAUACUACCGAGGGUGCAAACGUGGAUGGUGCCAUGCCAAGCCAAGACGUCGAGGAUGUCACGCGAAGCACGCUCCGACUGCUGCACACGAUGCUACAGAUGAGCAUGUCCACAGAAAGACGGUUUGUCCGUCUGGCUUUGAUAUACUUCACAUGCAGUCGAUUUCACGAAACGAACCCGCGAAUAUCACAAGUGUGGGCUCUUAUUGCUCAGCUUGUGAGCGAAGCUUUCCCCCGUCUUUCCUCUUCGACGACAGAUGCUCUGUGGCCACAUUUUGAGCUAUGGGUAGCUGAGCAUUUAUGCAUCGUCCGAGGUGCCAAUCACGAAAGCAGAAAUGGUGUGAAACUGAUAUUUUCGAUGUCGGCGCUUUCGAUUUUGCGCGUGUACACUCGGGAAUCCAACGCUUCGCCACCCAUGUCAUUAUUUAUGGAAUUUCUGGACUGUCUCGACGCGCAAGUAUACAAUCCAGCUCUUGCUUCUAGUGUCAUCGAUGGCGUUCACCAUAUGCUAUCGACAAAGGAAAUGCUGACAAAGGUGGUCCGAUAUAUAUCCGGGGAACUAAUGAGCAACAGUUCUGACAGUGCUGUAAGACCAAGCCAGAACGUCAAUGCAGCAAGAAAGCGAAAACGAAAUGAAGCGUCCCUAGACCAGCACCGACUAUCUUCUGGUAUGAAUUACGAGUGCAGUACCGAGUUACACGAGAAGCUGGGGCAAUGGAUACUAGACCUCAUGUCGGUGAACAGUAACGGUCAGAAAAGCAUAGUGGCGAUUUCACUCACUUUGCGGGUGAUCAUGCCUCUUCGUCGCUACAUUCUUGCCUUCGUUCGGCUAGAAAGUUUUGUCCUAUUCCGGACACUGCUUCAGCGUGUCGAUUUGAUUGUGAAUAGCUAUGCACCAUCUCUUGUCUCGCUUUCGAGUGAGUACCUGGACUUAUGGAUCAUUGUGCUGCGGUAUUUUGCCAACCACGAGCUUGAAAAAUAUCAUGGUUUGAUGAACAAAGUGAUUGACAGUGUAGAGAAUCAGCACGUCUUUGCACGAAGUCUUAUACAGGACAAGGAGUUUGUAGUGCCAGACUGCUGGGAGUAUUUGGCUUUCUUGGAUCUAUAUCAGCGUCGUCCGAACUGCCAUGAUAUGUCUUCGUCAGAACGACUGGAUGAAGUAUCGUACGAUUAUCUCCGCAGCGCAGAUGUCGUACUCGAUGGUAUUUUUCAGCAAUCUGUGGCCCUCCGCGGACCGUUCUUGGUUUACUUUGUAUGGUCACGUCCUGUGGUGCUAAACAUCGCUGACGAGGAUUCAUGGCGCAACGCUGUUCCGUGGAAAGCUAUUUGUCGGGCCAUAUCACAACAAGCAUCACGACAUGAGACUGCAUGCUCCUAUCUCGCCAUGACUCCUCUACUAGCAUUCUUUGUCGUGGCGGGCUCACUCACAUCGCCAGAAAAAAUGGCUGUAUGCAUGAUGGAGAAUUUUCGUGACAGGGUUCAACGCAUGGGGUCAGAACUGAUUUCGUUGGCCGUAGUACAAGCGUGCGGCGCAGUGAUGUGUGCAAUGGCUUACGCUCAAGCGUCUAAGGAUAGUACAACUAACUUGCGUGGCAGGAAACACAACGCUUUUCGCUUCCGCGCGAAGAGUUGUCAGUGCCAUGACAUCUGCAGCAGCCCCCAAGCGAUGCCGGUUUCACUAGCUUUAUUUGAGCCGCUCAUUUGCGACGAGGCAAACGCUGCUACUGAAAGCAUGCAAGUUGCAAGAACCUAUGCGCUGUCGAGUGUGCUCAAGCAUUGUAAAGUUGACUACGGAAACGAUCAAACAGCUAUGCGAUUUGUGGAGCACUUUCUGGCCUGCUUCGCGGAUCCGUCUGUACGUGUUCAUCAAGCAGUGCUGGAAUCGUUUGCUCGUCAACCGCGUCUUGUCGAAGCAAUGGUUGAUCCAGCAAGAAAAGACUUAGCUGGCCUGACGGAACGCUUGGAGUCGUAUGCGAUAGCGGGAGAAAGCAGUGUUGACGAUACGACUGUUGCAGCAAUGGUACUGACGUUGGGGGCUGUAGGUUGUGCAUGUGACCCGCGGCAAGAGAACCGUAGGGAAAGUUGCAUAUGGAUUCUUCUACGAUUGGUGUCUUUGUGGAACCGCUUUUAUCUUGCGCAUCGCGAGCGGUGUACGGCAGUGGCUUAUGACCAGCUUUGUCGUAUCACUGCGCACCAUCGGGUCUCGUGGAGACAACUGUGCGUAGACUUCCCUGACUUGACCUAUUUUCGCCUUGUCGAUGAACUGCUGAAGACACAAACCCUCAAGCGCUUCCUCAGUAUAUUCAUGGACGGCAAGGUAGCUACAAGAGGAUUUUUGCGCGCGAGUGCACCGCACGUACUUCCAAAAUACGUUGUCCACCAAAAUGAACGAAUGUUGCAUGCGUUUGUGGACGAGUUGAACGGGCAGAAAGAAAACACUUUGAUGACCGAGAAUGAUGCAGAUAGUGAACCUGUGUUGGGCAUUACCGAACUUCUUUCGAAUCACAUUGCGUAUGUACUGAAAGGUCUGAUUAUGCAUCAGGUGUCGACCCAGAAUGGCUUGACAAAAUUUGAGUUUCUGCUCAAGUUCUUGCCAGAAGACUCUAACGUUCGUGAUAUGAUUACCCGUUCACCGUUGCGGCUGAUGAGCUUGCUAGCGUGGGAACUCGGUGGGUCUCGAUCUCGCGUGGCCAAGCACGCGAUACGAGAAGUGGCAAGGAUCAUGCAUGUUUGUACGCGAGAGGCGUUAUCGAUUGGACACGAUGCAAGUUUGCUGCUCGUAGAGGAAUGUAUGUCUCUGCACUAUUUCUUGCCACUCAUGACAGACUUGGGGAAUCGAAUCAUCGACACGAAAAAUCCCAGUAUUGCUAAAAUUCGGGCCAUCAAGAGCAUUGACCGGUUACUGGAAAUAGUCAGCGGUUCCUGUGCAGACUCGAACAGCACACAAGGUCGUGGAGUCGUCGAUCCUUUUUUCCCGAAAGUGAUGGCGACUUUGAAGGUCGGCCUUACUGAACGUGGACUUCGGGGACACGCGAUUCAAGCCUGGUGCCGUUUCUUGCGAAUGUUGUCAUCGAAAUCGUUAGGAUCCAACUUGAUCUCCAUCGUAGUCAGCUUGCUUCCGUGCUUUGGCUACGAGACGUCGGCAAUUCUGGUCGAAGAUAGUUCCGUUUCUGGCAGUCACUGCUGGAAUCUCGAGUCUCUCGAGCAUGCUACAAGAAAGGGCUGCGCACAAGUCAUAUUACCAAGAAAUCGUGAAGAAGCUCAAGCCAAGUGUAUGAUGGCAGCCGUGGAUAUUCUACGAUAUUUGUUCAUCGAAAAGCAAGCGGAGCUAAAGCAUGCGUUUCCAAAGAUUCCGUUGCUGCCUUCCAUCCCGGAACUCGAUGACAUUUACGUCGUGCUUUAUAAGGAUGGCGGAGACCCAAGAUGUCGGUCUUUAAGUGAAUAUCUGAUGAAUCUAUCAGCCUACAUCAACCACCUUGACACGGCUGUUCGCGAAAUGGCUCUGACACAAUUGCUGCGAUGUCUGGUUGUACGUGGCGCAGAGCUAGGGGCGUUCAUGCAGAACGAAGGAAGCAUUUUCAUCGACAGUGUGAUUGCUACCGUGCUGCGAUCUGUGCUACAGCUCUUGAGCACAGAAAGAAACGAAUCUGUAAAACUACUGUGCGCUCGUUGCUUGGGAGCAUUGGGCGCAAUCGAUAGUGCCCGCAUACCGCUAAAUAUGUUCAACACAGCAGGUGGACCCCAGGGGGGCACUGCAGGAGCCAAAGAGAAGUUGUGCCAUAAAGUUGAGUAUUCGACGAAAGAUUUAGCAUGCGUGCUCAUCGAGUCAUGGUUGGUAAAUGAGCUUCGCGCCGCACCGGAGAAUAUGGACUCGUUGGGAUUCGCCAUUCAGGAGUUACUGAAGUUUUUGGCAGACUUAACAGCAGACCCACAACACAGUGGGCAAAGCUUAGCCUCGAUGAACAAUCUUGGUCCAUCGGAUACGACAAAACACGAUGCCGGCGCUCUCAUGCCUGAGUGGAUGAAAAGACGUUUUGAGCGGAAAGAUGUUCUUCAGUUUGUCGAGCCAUAUUGGUCAUCAGAGUACUUGGUCUUAGACGAUCAUCACUCUUCGCGCUCUGACAGUGGUAGCAACUCUGAACGCCGAUCAUCAGUACUUGCUGACCAAAGCCUGCAUCCUAUACGAGAUGGUAUAUCGUUUUAUGAAAAGUAUGGAACGUCGUACGAAGAGUGGCUGUUAAUGUGGUGUCGACGAUUGAUUCAGCUCUCUCAGCCACCCGAGCGAAAGAUUUUCUGGGCGUGCAGAACUGCGCUUGCCACGUGCCCUCAGAUAUCUCGAUUUUUGCUACCUUAUCUGCUCCAGAAUGUGCUUCGGUCUGGCAAAUCUGAAGUCGGCGAGGAGCUCAAGAAGGAGUUCAUGGCGGUGCUGGAUGGCCAGGACUGUGGAAUUUGGAUGGACGAUUUCUUGAUGGCUCCAUCUGAACCGAGGCAUUCAAAUGUUUCAACGAGCGCCAGUAGUGUCUCUGACAAAACUGCCAGCGAUGUUUAUCAUCGUCAUGAUCAGUGCUCCCAGACCAUUUUCUCGACGAUCGAUGAGCUGAAUGAGUGGGUCUGGACAAGCGAAAAGAAGCGUCUUGCCCUUAGCAGCGGCGGCGCAAAUCGUCUGGCAUCUGCUUCUGGUCGUAGCGACGUGCCAUCAGAGAUGGAUGAUCAUGAGAAGGAUUACUUGGAUGAGUUCCUGAAAGAAAUUCCGAGCCGGCUGCUGUCGAGCGCAGCUUACAAAGUCAAGGCCCACGCCCGGGCAAUUCAAUAUUUUGAGGUGUACCUCCGGCAGCAAGAAUCUACUUCGACUUAUGUAAAAAAGAGCAGUACUGAGAUGGGGAAUCCAGUGCGUCUUUCGUUGAUAUCGAGAAAUGCCUUUUAUCUUCAGCAGCUGUAUAAGAGUGUCGACGAACCAGACGCGCUUAUUGGUUUGGCCGCGUUGCGCCGCUUGUACGACGCGAAUCGGUACAACGAUAUUCGAUCGGACGUCGAAGGCGAGACUCGAGAGGAGGAACUAAAUCUUUCUGGUCUAAUGCAUCAAGUUGUCGAUCACGAGCAGCUUGCUCAGUGGGAAGAUGCACUGGCUUGCUAUGAGCAAGCAAUCCAAGGAAUCCAGUCUGCACUUUCGUCGAAAGUGGUACGCACUAGCAGACUACACUACAGCCAGCUUGCUAUGGUGCAACCCAGUGCGCAGAUUUUGGAUGCAGACGCACACAAAGAUCCAGAGACGAUAAAGCCUGUUUUGUAUUCCGGAAUGGUUGGCUGCCUGAUUCAACUGGGACGCCUGGAAAGUGCCUUGCAACAUAUCAACGGCAUUGUAACACAAGAGCCGCAGUUCAUGGCCACGAUGUAUCCCUUGGCACUGGAAUGCUCCUGGCGACUAUCUCGAUGGGAGCUUCUUACUGAACUGUUGAGCGCGGAAAAGCGGAACCCGCUGCUUCGCUCUCUGGGUUCAGCUAGCACUCGGCUCAAAGGCGUCGAUGUUUCGCAGCUGAUGUUUGUUCGUGUGCUACAUAGCUUGCAUGUUGGCCAGCAAAAGGAAUUUCAGCGUCAUCUGAAAGCAGCACGUCUAGAAGUGAUGGGGCCUCUCGCAGCGGCGUCUGCUGAGUCGUACCAACGCGCCUAUCCCCUCCUACAUCAUCUUCAUUUUCUGCAUGAGGCUGAGCAGGGGUUCAUAUUUUUGCAGAAAGCGAGGCAGUGCGGUGAUUCCGACCGGCGCAGCCUUCUUUGGAAACAGCAAGCUCCUUGGAAAAUGCGCUACGAUGCAAUGACGACGCAGCUCAAGUACUGUGAUCCGAUACUGGCACUUCGUCGACUCAUUUUGCAGGAGGCAGGGCUUCGAAACGAAGUAUCGACGAAUUGGCUACUGUAUGCAAACUUGACCAGAAAAGAAGGUUUUUUUCGCACAGCCGCAAGCGCAGUGAUGCAUGCGGAGGCGCUAAAUAAUCAGUACGCACGCAUAGAAAAGGCCAAGCUGCUAGUCAGUCAGGACCGAAUGUAUGAAGCGUUGCAACUUCUUGAGCCGAUCGAUAUUGACGUAUCUACGUUGGAUUUUGAUGUCGAAGAUCCCCACUUCUGCGCAAGAAACCUGCUUUUGGCGACUAAUUGGAUGCAAGAGUCCGGCCUGAGGCAAGGUAGGAAAGUGAUCGAGCGAUAUCAAGCAGUCAUUCAUUUCGAUCCGACGUGGGAAAAAGGAUACUUCUUUCUGGCGAAGUACUAUGAGUACUUGCUCAGUGAAAGUCACCCUGAUGCUUCAGGUGGACCAAUGGGCAGCGAUGAGGUGGCUGACCUUUCAGUCGAUUCUGUGUUUCAUGCCCACUUGAUUAACUUGAUGAAGAAUUAUGUGCUUGCACUGUCACAUGGAACGAAGUUCGUGUUCCAGUCACUCCCCCGACUGCUAACGCUAUGGUUCGAGUAUGCCGAGACACUGUAUGCAAGCAGCACUGGACAAAAUAGCAUAUCAAGUGCGACACUGCGGCAAGUCGAGGUCACGCAGGAUCAGUCCACUACAGAGCAAAAGGUUCUCGAUGAUAUCACCAUGGUCAUUAACAGAGCCAUCGAACUGUUACCUGUAUAUGAGUGGCUUGUUUGCUUUCCCCAAGUGACCUCGCGCAUUUGCCAUCCCAAUCCGGUCGUAGUUACUGGAGUCAAGAAGAUCAUGCUUCGAGUACUCACGACGUAUCCAACACAAGCGAUGUGGCCUUUGUUGGGUCUCUCGCUCUCGCUGAACCCUCACCGGAAAAAUCACGCGCGAGACAUCAUUCUCAGCGCACAGCAGGAGUUUCUGUCAAAGGGUUUGCAAGACAUAGCAGCUAGCUUUGCCGAGGGACUGCGGAUGGCUGAAGAGCUCAUUGUCCUUGCUGCUCACGAUCCCGGGAACAGUCAACGCAAGAUCCACAUUCGCUUGAGCCGGAUUCGGACCAGGAUUCUAGUGCCAACUCAGAUGGCUCUGACCACAAUCUUGCCGACAACUGGACUUGCCCCUCGCGAUGAACUUCAUGUUGCCUUUUCAUCGAACGCGCAAGUAUACAUAAAGAGCUUUCGUGACAAAGCGGACGUGAUGAUGACGAAGGAAAAGCCCAAACGUAUCGAGGUUCUAGGCACCGAUGGCCUGUCGUAUCCGUUCUUGUGCAAGCGCGAAAAAUCCGGUGAUCUUCGCAAAGAUGCGCGCAUGAUGGAGUUCAACUCGAUGAUCAAUCGGCUUCUUCAGAAAGAUAAAGAAGGCCGCAAGCGCAAACUCCGCUUGCGCACGUACGCAGUGGUGUGUUUGAAUGAAGAAAGUGGGCUGAUGGAGUGGGUAAGACACACAAAGGCCAUGCGACAGCUCAUCGGGCAAAUCUACAAAACUGAAUGCGGCUACAUCCAGCCUGUUCGGGUAACACAUGAGAUCAAGGAGCUGUAUCUCAGCAUGCAAAAAGAGUUUGCCAACAACCCUGGCGCGAUGGCACAGCACUACCGGCGCAAGGUACUAUCGUUACCGGUCUUUACACCAAGAUUUCACCAGUGGUUUUACAACAACUUUGCCGACCCGACUGCAUGGUUCGAGGCUCGACUCGCGUUUUCGCGAUCAGCAGCUGUAUGGUCUAUGGUGGGGCACAUUGUCGGCCUUGGCGAUCGCCACUGCGAGAACAUUCUGGUCGACUGCACCAACGGGGAGUGCGUUCAUGUAGACUUCGACUGCCUCUUCGAUAAGGGACUCAAGCUGGCCAAACCUGAAAUUGUGCCAUUCCGUUUGACACCAAACAUCGUUGAUGCUUUUGGAAUCACUGGGUACGAGGGUGUUUUCCGCCGCGUAAGUGAGGUGACGCUGCGCUUACUUCGAGAUAACAAGGAGACGCUUCGAAGCGUGCUGGAGUCGUUCAUCCACGAUCCACUGGUGGAGUGGGGUCGUCGCGGCAAAGCUGCUCAGAGCAGUGGUGGUUCAGGUAAGAUUGUUGCUGAAGUCCCCAGCGAGCGCACCAAAAUGGAGACACGACUUGUCCUCAAAGCCAUCGACGACCGACUGCGUGGUAUCUACAACCUGGGUGAUGCUAUACGGCCGCUCGUAUCACGUGCGCAUCGCAGCAUCUUACCGGAGAUUGAGACGCUGCCACUUUCUGUGCAGGGUCAAGUCGAGAAGCUCAUCCACGAGGCCACGUCGCACGAAAACCUCGCUCAAAUGUACAUCGGUUGGAUGCCAUUCUUGUAG